UCCCUCCCUCAGUCCACCCGCUACCAGAAUCCCGUCGACAGAUCGCGAGCGAGGAUCGAUCCAUGGCGGCCGUGAGAUCCAUGGCUUCCUUGGGCGUCGUCCUCUUCCUCCUCUGCGCGCUGCUGCUCGUCCAGCCCUCUGCGGCCGAGAAGCGGUCCUACGUCGUGUACCUCGGCGACCACGCCCAUGGCUCGCAGCUGCACGACCUCGCCGCCGUCGACCUGGCGGCGCUCGAGGAGAAGGCCGCCGACUCGCACUCCGAACUCCUCGCCACCGUCCUCGGAGACAAGGCGAAGGCGCAGGACGCGAUCUUCUACUCAUACACCAAGCACAUCAACGGCUUCGCCGCCAACCUCGACGCCGCCGAGGCCGCCGAGAUCGCCAGGCUUCCUGAGGUUGUGUCCGUGUUCCCCAACAGAGGGCACAAGCUGCACACGACGCGGUCGUGGCAGUUCCUUGGGCUCGCCGGCCCGGGCGGAGUCCCGCGUGGCGCGUCGUGGCGGAAGGCCAAGUUCGGGGAGGGCGUCAUCAUCGGCAACCUCGAUACAGGUGUGUGGCCAGAAUCAGAGAGCUUUCGGGAUCAUGGACUAGGACCCGUCCCCAAGAACUGGAAAGGAACAUGCGACAAAGGCAAAGAUGAUAAAUUCCACUGCAACGGGAAGCUGAUCGGCGCGCGCUUCUUCAACAAGGGAUACAUAUCGGGCGGUGGCGAGCUUGAUGGCCAAGAGUACUACACUCCGCGAGACAGCGAGGGCCAUGGCACGCACACGCUAUCCACGGCUGGGGGCUCCCCCGCGCCCGGCGCAAGUGUGUUUGGCUACGGCAACGGCACAGCCACUGGUGGCUCACCCCGUGCGCACGUGGCGGCAUACCGCGUGUGCUACAAGCCAGUGAACGGCAGCUCAUGCUACGACGCGGACAUCCUUGCGGCCUUCGACGCUGCCAUCCACGACGGCGUGCACAUCCUGUCUGUCUCACUUGGUGGCGAUGGUGGUGCCUAUGACUAUUUUGAGGAUGGCAUUGCCAUCGGAUCUUUCCAUGCCGUUCGGCGCAACAUCUCCGUCGUUCUCUCUGCCGGCAACUCAGGGCCCAAGCCUGGAUCCAUUUCCAACGUCGCGCCGUGGAUGUUCACUGUCGGCGCCAGCACCAUGGACCGCGAGUUCCCGUCUUACGUUGUCUUCAAUGGCAAAAGGAUCGAGGGCCAGAGCCUUUCGGAGACGGCGCUCAGUGGGAAGAAACCAUACCCCCUGAUCGACUCCGCCCAAGCCGUAGCUCCCGGAAAGUCGCAAGAGGAGGCGCAGAUUUGCUUGCAGGGGUCUCUGGACCCGAAGAAGGUGAAGGGGAAGAUCGUGGUGUGCCUAAGAGGGUCGAACGCACGUGUGGCCAAGGGCGCGACGGUGCUGCUUGCCGGUGGCGCCGGGAUGGUGCUCGCCAACGACGCCAGCUCUGGAAACGAAGUUAUCGCCGACGCGCACGUGCUCCCGGCCACCCACAUCAAGUUCAGCGACGGCCUUCUCCUAUACUCCUACCUCAAUUCUACCAAGUCUCCGGUAGGCUUCGUGGAGAAGCCGGUGACCAGCUUGUUGACGAAGCCGGCGCCCUACAUGGCCGCCUUCUCAUCCCAAGGUCCCAACCCGGUGAACCCAGAGAUUCUAAAGCCGGACAUCACGGCGCCCGGGGUGAGUGUGAUCGCGGCUUGGACGCGCGCCGUGUCGCCCACAGAGCUCACCUUCGACGAGCGCCGCGUGGCCUAUGCCACGCAGUCUGGCACAUCAAUGUCAUGCCCGCACGUGUCCGGCAUCGUGGGACUCAUCAAGGCACUCCACCCUGAGUGGAGCCCUGCCGCGGUAAAAUCAGCGAUUAUGACGACGGCCAUCGACGUGGACAACAAGGGAGAGUCCAUCCUCAAUGCUUCCUUUGUGCCGGCGGGACCCUUCGGCCAUGGCGCCGGGCAUGUGUGGCCCAGCCGCGCCAUGAACCCGGGCCUAGUCUACGACCUCGGCCCAGAGCAAUACCUUGACUUCCUCUGUUCCCUCAAGUACAACGCCAGCGUCCUGGCGAUGUUCAACGGCGUGCCAUACAAGUGCCCUGAGAAGCUGCCCAAGCUCCAAGACCUGAACUACCCAUCCAUCACCGUCGUCAACGUCACUGCCACUGGUACGACGGUGAAGCGCACAGUGAAGAACGUAGGGUGGCCGGGGAUAUACAAGGCGUUGGUCCACCAGCCGGCCGGAAUGCACGUGACCGUGAGCCCAGACGUGAUGGAGUUCAAGAAGAAGGGGGAGGAGAAGACGUUCGAGGUCAGGUUUGAGGUCAAGAGCGCCAAACUUGCAAAGCACUACGCGUUCGGCUCGCUCGUCUGGACCAACGGGAAGCAGUUUGUUAAGAGCCCCAUCGUUGUGCAGACGGCGGCAUGAUCGAGCAACUGGGGAUAGAAUCGACGCAGGUUUCGGAUAGUGUAGGAAUUAAUUACGCGAUUGUAGAGAGAAACAGAAACGUUUUGUUGGUA